AUGACCAUUGGUGAUAACCAGGGUUUGUACGGCAGGAACGGUGGGAACAAUCAGGAUUUGUAUGAUCGAGCAGCUGAUAAUAAUCAAGGCUUGUACGAUAGCACAACAGCCCAAGCACCCUUCGGUCAACCAUCAUCGACAUAUGGCAUCAACCACCAUCAAAAUCAAGGACGACUCGAUUUAUACAACCAGCACAAUGGCGGUAAUUACAGAAACGAUCCAAUGCUAUCGCCAACAACAGGGAGUUACGAUCCAGCAAAUCCCUACUUCCAGGCUAUUGAUCAAAAAACUCGGAGUCUUUCACGUGAAUGGACGGUGUCAUCUGGCACCGUAUUCUUCCCAUCGCUUUUGCAUACCCUCUUGUCGUUGUUGACCUUUUGGAUUUUGAACUGA